GACUAUUACUGAACGGAGCUUUGCUUUUAAAUAAAUCAGUUGGUUGUAGGCCCUCGUCCGAGUGUGACUUGUGAUUCAACGCCACUCGAGAGCGUUGACCCUAAACCGCGUGCGAAUAAUGAUUCCGCGAAAGCUCUUCGUACUUUUAUUUUUUAGUUUAACUUUAAUUCAAGUAUUGAACUAUGCUACCGCGCUGAACGUGCUCGUUAUCGUGACUCUACCACUCAAAAGCCACUAUAUGGCCUUCGAAAGGCUUUUCCGAGAAUUGGCUUCCAGAGGUCACUCUGUAACGGUCAUGAACAACUACUUGGAAACAAAUCCGCCACCGAACAUGACCUUUAUAGAUCUAUCGCUCAAUAGAGACAGGAAGAAGAUGAUGCCACCUAUAUCUGAUUAUGAACCUAUCAGUUCAAAUUAUAUUCAUUUGAUCAAUUUGUACCGACACUUUGUGGUAACCAUCCCUGGUACGAUAGAAGACUGUGAAAACUUAUUCAUAAAUAAGAAUGUUCAAGAUUUCUUAGCUAAGAAGCAGAAUAUUGAUGUUAUAUUUGUGGAACAAUUUAUGAGCGAUUGCGGGCUUGCAUUUGCAGCUGCUGUAUACGAUGCGCCUAUUAUUGGAAUCACAUCUCACACUUUGCUGCCAUGGGCUUAUUAUCGUCUUGGUAUUCCAUUUGACUUUUCGGCUGAUGCGUUCUACUUUUCUCGUUCAGGGCCGAAUCCCUCAUUGUAUGAUAAGGUAGAAGCGUAUUUAGCGGACUACUACAUAACGUAUCUUGCACAACGAUUGGUUCAUGAUAAUGUGUAUAAAGUUUUUAAUAAAUAUCUCCCAGAUGUUCCCCUUGACAUGCAAAAGGUUGGCAAAGAAAGAAUGAAGAUGAUGUUUGCGUAUCAGCAUUAUUCUGUGACUGGAGCCCGACUUCUUUCACCCCAAGUUCUAGAAAUCGGGGGUAUACAUAUUGAUAAACCCAAACCAAUUCCACAGGACUUGGAAAAAUUUCUCGCAUCCGCCAAACAUGGUGUGAUUUACGUAAGUUUCGGCUCUAAUUUAAAAGCCAGUACUAUGAGUGCACAAAAAAUGCAGCAGUUCUUAGAUGCUUUCAAACGCAUACCACAGAAAGUUCUAUGGAAACUGGAGAAUAUUACGUUAAACGAGGAUUACGAGAACAUAUUGACUCGCCCUUGGUUUCCUCAACGUGAUAUCUUGUGUCACCCAAAAGUCCUGGCAUUCAUCUCACAUGGUGGUAUGCUCAGUCUCUCCGAAGCGGCACAUUGUGGAAAACCGUUGUUAGCAAUACCGUUCUUUGGAGACCAGUUUUCUAACGCUGCGGCCAUCGAAAGUUCUGGUUUGGGAAGUACUCUUUACUUUGACCAUGUCAGCGUGAAAACCUUAAAAGAUUCCAUGGAAUAUUUGACUUCAGAAAAGAUGCAACACAGCGCGCGCUCUGUUUCUAAACUAUGGCACGAUAGACCAAUGGAUGUUUUAGACAGCGCCAUCUAUUGGACGGAGUAUGUAGCGCGUCAUAGAACAGCGCCACCAUCUUUGCCGUCGAAAAGUAGCACGUGGUUCCAGCGUUCGCUUCUAGAUGUCUAUAGUGUUCUUUUUGCUGCACUUUUAGCGGUUUUAAUACUAUUUUAUGUUGUUGUUAAAUUGUUUAUUUAUUUAUUGAGAAGGAUUUUAGGUAUAUUUAUAGUAAAAAAGAAAAAGGAUUAGCUAGCUUUCUUAUUAAUCUUUUCCAUGUAGACUACCUAUCUAGAGAAAAAUUUAUUUAUUUUUAGGAAAAUGUUUAUUAAAAUUACUGAUAAUUUCAUAAAAUAUUGUAUUAUAAUUAAUGUACUUUCCUUUGUAUAAAAUUAAAAGCCUAUUAGCUUUUAGCUUUCAACGUUUCGGCACCUAUAAUUUACAUUGA